GGGAGAAAGGUUAGAGAGAAAUGUAAUGCCCGCCGGGGCGCAGGCAUGUGGAUGUGUGGGGGACACACUAUACCCUCUAAAUUAUUGAGUCGGAAAGGACAAAAAAAGGCAAAAACUCAGAGCCAGAAAAGAAAAGCAGAGCCCAGCUCUACCGCCUCUACCUCACACCGCCCCACCACCCCACCCCCACCCCCACCCCCACCCAAUCUCUGUCUCUCUCUCCGUGCCUCUUUGCUGCUGCUACUGGUGCUUCAAUCUGGACUGAAGCUGACUGCUCGAGUCUAGGAAAGAGAACCCACUUAAUAGUUAUGUCAGUGGACUGAAUUUAAAAGAGGAGAUAAAGAGCUUGAAAACAAUCGAACAACCAUAUGUCUGUUGAAGAGCAAGAGAUUACUUUCUCCUCCCCUAGUAAGUAGAGGUUCCUACUUCCUAGUGAAGAUGCCGAGGCCUGGCCCGAGACCUUAUGAGUGCGUUAGGAAGGCUUGGCACAGCGAUAGACACCAACCCAUGAGAGGAUCCCUUAUUCAAGAGAUUUUCAGGGUCGCCAGUGAGAUCCAUAGCCCUGCUACUAAGAAGAACAAGAAAUGGCAAGAGAAGCUUCCUGUCGUUGUCCUCAAAGCAGAGGAAAUCAUGUACUCCAAAGCCAAUUCUGAGGCGGAGUUCAUGGACCUCAAAACGCUCUGGGACCGGUUGAAUGAUGCCAUCAAUACAAUCAUUCGAAGAGACGAGAGCACUGAGAGUGGAGAAUAUUUGCAGCCUUGUAUCGAAGCCGCCCUUAUACUGGGUUGCAUUCCGAGAAGAGCAUCGCGGAGCCAAAGGCACAUUAACCCGAGGUCUUAUCUGAAUCCCAGCACGCAAGAACCCACUUAUGCUGACCCCAGAGUUCAAGACAGCACGACCCAUGAAGGGUUACUCACUCUUCAACCAGACAACCGAACCAACAGCCCGCAGUUAAUCUCUACCUACUCGAUCUUCACGAGACCCAUAACCAUGAAUUCAACUGGUUUACGUUCAGAAUCUAGGAGUCCUAUUACCCAGGACAGUAACCCCACCUCCAUCCAUGAAUACCCUUUUCCCUCUGAAAACUUCACUUCAACUGGCCUGAACCAACCCUUACUAAUGCCUGCUUCUCCCCCAUCAAAUUUAGGUCGUGUUUACCCUCUUUGUUAUGGCAUCCCUCUUCAGAGUAGGGAGCCCCAAGUAAGCUUCCAAGUCCAAGUUUCCCAAGAAUUAGACCAUAACAGGGUUGUUGGUUUGCCUUGUGUUCAGUCCACUGUAGAGCCUGGUGCAAUACCUGUACUGGAGAACCUCUUUUCCUGUAGGGCUGCUGGAAAUGCUUCAGACAGAAUCACAGAGUCAGAGUUCAAGGAAACAUCUAAGAAACCAUCUGUGAUUGAGUGUGAUCUAUCGUUGAGGCUAGGUCCACUCUCGGUAGCGGGAACAAGAGUAGGAAACGAAUGGCCUCAUCAGGUUGAAGCUGUUUUUGAUUCAAGUAGUUCACAAGAAGGGAGCAAGUCCAAUGAUCAGUCACCAUCAAUGGGUACAGAGUUCAAUUUCCUUCGCAGAGAUAAUUCUGAUGGCCCCUUGGAGUCCUGCUCAGGCAAAUGGAGUCCUGAGGGUGAAGAUCUGAAUGUGAAAGCAAUCACUAGGAAGUGGAACGCUCCUGUUAGUGAUUUUGCCGAGGAUGGGAACAUUCGCUAGCCACCAGAAUUUCCAUCCACCCAGUUUCUUGCUAGAUUGAAGAAGCCAGGCUCAUAGGAAGUCCUUCCCUGUAAUUUAUAGUCAUAGAAAUUUUGAUGUGGCUCAUGUAAAUCUGCCUUUGAGGCCUUUUUCCAAUCAUAUUCUAUGUUCUAGUGAUUCUAGUUUUGAUUAUUAGCAACAGGCAGGAGCAUGGAAGUGUAAUAGAGAUUCUUAGUUUAAUUAAGAACGGUAAGUUGCUGACACACAAACAUAACUUACUGUUGAACUGACCA